AUGGAUAUGGACCAUAUGGCGGCGGAUUUGGACCGUAUGGUGGAGGUGGCUUUGGACCAUUCGGUGGCUUUGGACCAUAUGGUGGGUUUGGUAUGUACGGUGGUGGAUUUGGACCAUUUGGAUUUGGUGGUCCGUUCGGUAUGUUUCGCUAAAGGAUGGUGCAACGAGCAGUACCAACUACAAUUUGUUGGCUGCCCAUCAAAAAAGUGA